AUGGCCGAGGUGGAGAAGAUCAUCCCACACCUCAAUGAAUUGAUCCAAGAUGGCCUCGACGGAGCCGAUUUGAUCGCUACCUUCUUGUCUCGUCGGAUCCAACCGAUCAAGAAGAGGUGCCAUCGGAUGUCUGAAUUCACCGGUAAUUCUGACCCCACACGGGAGACGCCUGUGAAGUUGCCUGAAGAUGAAAUUUUUUCCCGGGCGGCCCAUCUUCUGUCAACUGAUACUAAGAUUUGCACCCAUGGCAAGCCACUUCCGUGUCAUCACAAAAGACCAGUGAAACAUGACCUGAGCAAGUACCUUUCCGUGACUCUGGAGGAAGACGAAGAGGGAGCCAUGCCACAGACGACAGACGCCGCCACCCUUGUCAGCCAGGCCCCUCUGAAGAACCCGAGGAUCCCUGGUGCUGGCUCCUCUGGGGAGUCUGUCCAACAGAAGGCCAAGGAAGUUGUGGCCCGCUCCUGCAGUGAGAUGGCACAACAGAGAGAGUCCGGCAACAGUGCGCCAAUUGCCCAGCCGCCGUCUGACGACGAGGAUACGGAGACCCUGUCCCAUAGGAAGAAGAGAAAGUUCGCUGAGGCCCUCGCUUGCUCCACUGUAGACGUCGGGUCUGUGCACGUGUCGCCUCCACAGGCGGCCUCUCUGCCACCUCAAUCGGAGCCAUGUCCACUCCGGUCAUCGCCGGCACUUCAUGCUUCUCCUACCACUACGACGCUGCCCACCUUGACUGCUCCCAAGUCAAUCAAGAUGGCACACGUGCCUUGCCGACCUCUCCCGCAUGACAACCUGGGGUCUAGUCAGCAGUCGGAUGGGUUCGCUACAGACUCUGAAGUGGAGGGAGAGGUACAUGGAAAGAAGGCCGAGGAGGAGCCAGGGAUGCUCUAUGUCCAGAUGAAGGACACGGAGAGCAAGCUGCUAUGGGAGAUCGAUGAUGAGGAGCGCACCGAGGUCGAGUGGGAGAAGGUCAAGGAGUCUGCAACGUCCUUCAUGACUAGACUCCCUGAGAUCACUCUCAGCCUCAAGCGUGCCUCCGAGAUGAUAGUUAAAUUGAAGAAGGAGAACAAGGAUCUGGAAGUUAAAUUGAAGCAGGAAAACAAGGAUCUGGAAGUUAAAUUGAAGCAGGAGAACAAGGAGCUGGAAGUCAAAUUGAAGCAGGAGAACAAGGAGCUGGAAGUCAAAUUGAAGCAGGAGAACAAGGAGCUAGAAGUUAAACUGAAGCAGGAGAACGAGGUUGCUGGAGCUUUUGAGAAGAAGGCCAGCGAUCUGUCUAAGGAGCUUGACAUUGUGCGCGCGGAUCGCGAUUCCCUCAGCCGGGGGUUCCAGGAUGCCAAGAAGAAAGCUGCUGACUUGUGUGAUGCCUUUGAUGCUAUUCAAGCUGCUGCGACAAGUUCUCGAUUGACAAUCCGACCCCAGACGGUGUUGAGGCUGUCACCGAGUGACUGGGUAACUUCCCUGAGCUGA